CGUAGUGCUCCCGUUUGCCAUUUUCUGUAAAAAUGCACGAUCAUUUCAACCUUUUUGAGCGUGAGCGGAUACGUCGAUAAGGGUGUGGGUGGGGUAAAUUGUUUAUCAUAGCAACCGGUUUCCGUUACACGGGACAUUCAUUGACAAAGUUUCGGACAAUGGACUUUCAUUGAGUGCCAGCCGACUCCAGACACCAUUGGCAGGGACGCGCGUGUCAGCCUGUUGAUUCUUAAUAAGUUGGAGAAAGUUGUGACGACAGUGGUGUCUGCAAGGGAGCUGGGGGCUGGUGGAGUGUUGGCGUCAUGGUGAAGAAUGUUCCGGAAGGUCAAAAAGCGUCACAGCAGCAGCAGCUCCCAGAGCAGUGAGAUCAGUACCAAGAGCAAGUCAGUCGACUCCAGUUUGGGAGGUCUCUCCAGGUCCAGUACUGUAGCUAGCCUCGACACAGACUCGACCAAGAGCUCAGGUAACAGUGCUGCGUCAGAGACGUGUGCUGAGUUCAGGGUGAAGUAUGUCGGAGCCAUAGAGAAGCUGCCGUUUGAGAUGAGUAAGACCCUGCAGGAGCCUCUGGAACUCAUCAACUACAUCGAUGCAGCCCAGCAAGAUGGAAAGCUGCCGUUUGUGCCUGGAGAGGAGGAGAUGGUACUGGGAGUGUCCAAGUAUGGAGUCAAAGUGGCCUCCAUGGAUCAAUGUGACGUUCUGCACCGCCACCCUCUCUAUCUGAUAAUGAGGAUGCUCUGUUAUGAUGACGGCCUGGGGGCUGGGAAGAACCUGCUGGCUCUCAAGACCACCGAUGCCAAGCAGCAGGACUGCAGCAUCUGGGUGUACCAGUGCAGCAGCGCGGAACAAGCCCAGGCCAUCUGCAAGGUGCUGUCUGCUUCUUUUGACUGCGUGCUGACAUCAGAGAAGUCCUGAAAGGUUGUCGCCCUGAGGGACGGGACUAUCCUCGUGACCAAUCGGGAGCCUGGAAACCAUAGUUUACAGCAGGGUCACAACUUACCAAGCAUGCUUUGCAACACCUCUCACACACCACCUACAGACUACACACACCAUCCACCCGUCAGGUGACCAUCAUGAGUACGGUUAUUUUUGUUUUUAAUCUAACUUAAUCUUAUUUAAUGUAAAUACAUUAGAAAGUACAGGGGCCUCUUGUCUGUACUUGGGAAGGAAGUGGCUGUUUGCUAUCUAGGUCUCAAAUAAUAAUAUUGUAUCCAGAGACUCUACUGACUUCCUUUAUAAAAGGGGGAAAGUGGUAACCGUGGUACGUCGCAGUCAAUAUUUCCACCAUGGAUGGAGGAACAGACAAAGACCAUUACAAAUAUGCUGUAGACCCCCCUUCUCUUCUCCCCUAUACAAACCAAAGGGAUGGUAUCAAUACAUGUUUGUGCCACUCCUCCUAUACUCCGCUUGGUCCAGAUGGGAUUGGACCAGUUAAAAUGGUACAAUAAAGGAAGGAUUUGAAUGAA